AUGGAAGCCUUGGUCCGUCGUGACCCGGCCAUUGAGAUCAGUCCUGAUAUUGAACCUGCCUCUAUCAGUUCGUUGGAGAAGGCGACUCGAGAGAAAUCAACCACCCAACCCCUGAUCAUAUCAGACUGGUCACACGACGCAGAGGUCAAACUCAGAAGAAAGGUUGACUUCAUUAUCCUUCCUUUCCUCAUGCUGGGUCUUUUCGCACUUCAGCUAGAUAAAGGCAACGUCGCAUACGCCCUCACGACCAGCUUCACGGACGACCUCGGCAUCGACAAAAACAAGGUCAACUAUGGAAACCAGCUUAUGCUUGCUGCAAUCGUGAUAUUUGAAAUCCCCUUCAACUUGAUCCUGUCAAGAGUUGGCCCCGCCAAAUGGUUGACAAUCCAAAUCUUUGCAUGGGGCACCAUCGCAACGGCACAAACAGCGAUUCAUAACUUAUCCGGGUUCUAUGCCACCCGAUUUAUGCUGGGUAUGUGGGAGGCUGGAUACCUCGCUGCGUCCUUGACUAUACUUGCUUCCUUCUAUACUCGAAAAGAAAUGGCUAUGAGGGUGACGCUUGUUUACAUUGGCAAUUACUUCUCGGCGGGGAUGGGCGGUUUGAUUGCGGGGGCAAUUUUUCAUAUCCCAGAAUCUACUGGAUUAAAGUCAUGGCAGUGGUUGUUCCUCAUCGAUGGGUUAUUCACACUUGUCGUUGGCGUAUUCUUCAUCCUCUUCAUGCCCCGAUCCACGAAAAAUACUGUUCCACUAUGUGGCCUCAAGCAACUCGAUUUCUUCACUGAAGAAGAACGCCACAUCCUGAACAAUCGGGUGGUUCUCGACGACCCACGAAAGGUCGUUGACCUCUCUGGUAUCGGUUUUAAAAGAGUAUUUCGAAUCCUUUCUGCUAGCCCUCGAGUAUGGGGCCAUUUCGCCAUCAACCUCAUCACGCUCACUCCAAAGGGAGGACUUGGAACUUACGCGCCAACAAUCAUCAAGAAUAUGGGCUUCAGUUCGAUCACUGCCAGCAAUUUGUCGUCUGUCAACAACUUUGGAGUGUGCAUUUUGGCAAUUCUGGUCGCAUGGAUCAGCGACAAAACCUCUUCUAGGGGGCCGCUCUGUCUUCUAUGUGGCGUAUACUCUCUAAUAUUUUCAGGAGUACAGUACGCCAUUGUCCGUAGUCACGACGUUUGGCUCAAGUACGCUAUUUUAACCGUCUUCACCUCGGGGACGGCGGUAUCUCAGGGCAUCAAUGACGCCUGGUUCAGUGUCAACACUGCAGAUGCACAGGAGAGAUGCAUUGGACUCGCCCUAGCGGUUGCGGGCUCCAAUCUUGGGGGUCUCUCUGGGCAGAACAUAUUUGUCAAAAGUGAUGCACCAUACUACUACAACGGCUUCCUCAAGAUCUUGUGUAUCUACGCUGGAAGUAUUGUCUUGAUUGCGCUCAUGAUAGUUUAUUAUUGGAACGACAAUAGGGUGAUGGAAAAGACAACUCAGGGAGGUGAAGUUGUCACCAGCGAAGGUGUUGAAGUGGUGGAGGCCAAUAUCGGCGUAUCAAAGGUUAGGAAUCAACUGUGAGCGUGGCGGCCAUAUAUCUUUGGAGUAGAAUCUUAUGUGCAUAUUAC